CGCGAGUCGGCGGCCGCGCUGUGAGGGAAGAGCGGCCGGCGGGGCCGAGGCGGCGGGGAGCAGAAAAUGCUCUGAAGGUGGAGUGGACAGUGUGUGCUGGAAGUAAGUCUGCCUGAAAAAGUCUUCCUUCACCCCAAGGCCAGUUUGUCAUCAAGAGGGGACCUCUACAACAGCUGAAGUGUGCAAGUGAUGGGCUCGGAGAACAGCGCUUUAAAGAGCUACACGCUGGAGGAGCCGCCGUCCACCCUGCCGACAGGACACGCCAUCUACCCGGCCGUGCUGCAGGAUGGCAAACUCGCCUCCGUCUUUGUGUACAAGCGGGAGAACGAAGAUAAGGUUCACAAAGCUGCCAAGCACCUGAAGACCUUGCGCCACCCUUGCCUUCUGCGCUUCCUCUCCUGUACUGUGGAAGCAAAUGGGAUCCACCUGGUUACAGAACGUGUGAAGCCUCUGGAGAUGGUCCUGGAGACACUCUCUUCUGCAGAAAUCUGUGCAGGCAUCUAUGAUGUGUUGCUGGCACUCAUCUUCCUCCAUGACAGGGGAAACCUAACACAUAACAAUGUCUGUUUAUCAUCCGUGUUUGUAAGUGAGGAUGGGCACUGGAAGCUGGGAGGAAUGGAAACAGUCUGUAACUUCACUGAAGCCACCCCAGAGUUCCUCUCUCAGGUCAAGUCAGUACGAGACCAGUCGUGCAUCCCCUGCGAGGAGCUGUCUGCAGAGUUCAAAAUUCUGCCCAACGGCUGUGGGCACGCGAGGGACGCCUACGCCUUUGGAGCAAUGGUCGAAAACCUCCUGACAGUCCUAAAUGAUCAGGUUUCAGCAGAUACUCUCUCCAGCUUUCAGCAAACCUUGCACAGUACACUGCUGAAUCCAGACCCAAAGUCUCGUCCACCACUGUCCAGCUUAUUGUCUCACGAGUUCUUCAGGAAUGAUUUUCUGGAAGUUGUGAAUUUUCUGAAGACCUUAACAGUAAAGUCUGAGGAGGAAAAGACAGAGUUUUUCAAAUUCCUGCUGGACAGGGUGGCUGGCUUGUCAGAGGAGCUGAUCGCAUCACGGCUGGUGCCUCUUCUACUCAAUCAGCUUGUGUUUGCAGAACCUGUAGCUGUCAAAAGUUUUCUUCCUCAUCUGCUGGGUCCAAAGAAAGAGCAAACUGGAGAGAGCCAGACCAGCUGCCUCCUGUCGCCAGCCGUGUUCCAGACCCAUGUCAUUCCUGUGCUGCUGAAGCUGUUUGAGGUUCACGAGGAGCACGUGCGAAUGGUGCUGCUGUCUCACAUUCAUGCCUACGCAGAGCUGUUCUCCCGGGAGGAGCUGAAAAACAUCAUCUUGCCCCAGGUACUGCUGGGCCUUCGGGACACCAGUGACUCUAUCGUUGCGAUAACGCUGCACAGCUUAGCAGUUCUUGUCUCCUUGCUUGGACCUGAAGUUGUUGUAGGUGGAGAAAGAACAAAGAUUUUCAAGAGCUCUGCACCAAGCUUCAUGAAAACAGCUGAUCUCUCCCCAGAAGGCUCCCCAAGUCAUGUUGUAAGCAAUCAGAGGAACCAAACCUCUCAGCCCUUGAAGAACCAUUCUGGUGUGUUCCCAGCUGCUGGCAAUGCACCUGCCAAGAAGCCUUCUGUCCGACAAGACAAUCCACUGGCUUUAAGGACAGGUGAGCACCGGUCCUCCCUGAAUGGAAUUCCUGGAAGCAUUAAUAUGCUAGGGAACAGCAGGAGUUCCUUAACUACCUCUGAAAAGCCCACAGAGGAGUGGCCAGACUGGAGUGAGCCAGAGGAGACAGACACUGAGAAAACUGUGAACAUUCAGAUUCGGCCCCGAGAGCUGCAGGGGAGGGUGGAACCUUAUUUUCCUGAACAUGAUGUAGAGGAAAAGCCCUGGGAAGACUUUGAGCCCAGCAGCCCUAGUCCUGAACUGUCCUCGGGAAACUGCCUCACUGUGACACAAGCUGAUGCAGUUGAAAUGCCAAGGCCUCUGUCAGGUACCCAUCAACUGAGCAAAGAAUUCAGAAACCUCAGGCUGAAUCCUCCCCCAGAACCCUGCCCUGAAAACAGCUGGAGCAACAACAAGUGGGACCAGCAGGAACAGCUGGGAGAAACUGUGCUGCCAAAACCAGCCUUUCAGGAAAGGUGGAAGUCGCCAUCAGAGUCUGGCCUAGGAGAAGAAUUUACGAUCAAAGUGAAGAGAAAACCUGUGCAAGACCCUGAGCUGGACUGGUUUGCUGACAUGAUCCCAGACAUUAAACCUUCUUCAUCUAUCUUGAUUUUACCUGAAGCAAGGACAGAAGCAGUUGUGCCCAGUCACUCUGGUGUGGCAUCCAGCAGAGAAGGUGCUUCCCAGAAUGUGCUGUUUUCAUCCAAAUUUGCAGCAGCUGAUGUUGUUGAGGCUGAAGCCGCAGGCUGGGGUGAAGAGGAGGAGUUGAACUGGGAAGAUGAUACUAACUGGUGACAGGACUGAAAGCGGCAGUGUGUGGUGUGCUGGAUUCUGUACAAGAAGUUGCUGCUUCCUAAUACAAUGGAUAAGUACCUCAGUGCUGCUUGGGCCAGAGGGCAGGCACUUGCUGCUGCAGCAGCCACAAGACCCCAGGGGGCCCAACAUCCUGCAGUGGAUGCUCCUUUCCAGUCUGUGCCAAAACCUGCAGGGAUGAGGCCUGUAUUCAAGCAAUAUGCCCAGCUGUGGUGCGUGCCACUGCCACCAGACAGAGGAACAGCGUGAUGGGUGUGCUGGUGCCGAGGUGCUGCUGGAGGCCGAGUGUGGUGUAAGCAAUUGUUCCAGAACUCAUCCCUGCUCUGAAAAACUGCUGACAAUAAAUGAAAGUCACACUGAGGUCCUUGA